GGGGUCGCCUCGAGUUGAUGGUGGUUGCCCCCCACUGGAGCUGUGCUAGUUCAGGGCAUCCAUGGCGAUGGCGAUGGGCGGGACAUUCACAGGUUGCAACAACUCGCCACAGGGAGACAAGACGCCCAACGUCGACACAAGACGCUCAACAUCGACACCAACUUUCGAUUUUCCAGCGGCGGUGUGUCGCUAAUCCAGCUUCUGUAGGGAACGUGCCACCCUCCUGUCGCCUCGUCAGACCAUCCCAUCGCCAUCGUGGCAGACCAUCUCGCCUGCUGCAGACCGCAACACCACCUCCAAGUCACCAGAACGUGGGGGGUUUCUAUCAGAAACAAACUCGCCCCUUUGCCCUUUGCCUCCAUCAUGGCAACACCCUAUGCUCGACCCUACGAAUCCAAGCUCGGCAUUGUGACCGGCGGCUCAAGAGGAAUUGGCGCUGCCGUCGCUGCCCGACUGGCCGCAAAAGGAUGCCAUUUGCUUCUCAUAUACACCUCGGACUCUUCUACGCAGACAACGAAACAGCUUUGCAAAGAUCUUUCCUCCACCCACAACAUCCAAUGCUCCUAUGUACAGGCCGACCUGGGCAACCCCGCCGACGCUGCGACCAAGAUUGUCGCCGCCGCCCGCACCUUCUUCGCUAGCUACAACCAGACGGGCAAGUUCCAGGUCGACAUUCUCAUUAACAAUGCCGGCGUUGCCUCAAACCAACACUUGAACGAUGUAGAGCAGGGCCCUAUUUUGGAAGCCGAGUUCAACCGCGUUUACGCCGUCAAUGUCCUGGCUCCCCUGCUCGUCACUCAGGCCGUGGCACCGUACCUCCCCACUGAUCGCUCCGGUCGAAUUGUCAGCGUAUCCAGUGUCUCUUCAUCCAUCGGCUACCAAGGUCAGUCCGUAUACGCCGGCAGCAAGGCUGCCCUCGAGGCCAUGACGCGAACCUGGAGCCGCGAGCUCGCCAGUCGCGCCACCGUAAACGCCGUCAACCCGGGCCCUGCCUGGGGCGACAUGUACGCCGCCGUGGGGAAGAGCUUCUGGGACAUCAACCAACCCUAUGUCGACGCCUCGCCGCUCGCCGAAUACCACGGCGAGCCUGAGACGCUGGCCAAGGCCGGAUCCGACGCGGAACGCUUCGACAAGAUUGUCCGGGAAUCGAUGGGCGGGCGACGGCCGGGAUUUACGAGUGAGAUUGCCGGGACCAUUGACAUGCUGUGCUCCGAGGAGAGCGGGUGGACAACUGGCAGCGUUAUCUGCGCUAAUGGAGGCAUGAAGAUGUCGAUUGCGUAACUAAAGUCCUUCACUAGGAGGAGGAGGAGCUUACAGGCUGCCCCGACAUGCAUGGUAGACAGACUCGAGAGGACUCGGCGCAUCGGUGCCAGUUGAGACGGCUCGCUGCAUCACGAAACCGAGAGACAAGAAAUCCACCAUGUCGCAAGUGAAUCAAAAUUGUUGGAAAGCCAAAAGUUUUCUCCCUCACGUGCACUAUAGACGAGACAACAUCGGCUAGAGUUCCACUGUGGCAUCCCCAUGGC